AUUUCAAAUUAGUGCUUCAGCAUUCAUUCAAGUUUUUAAGCGAUUAAUUAGUGGAAUCAUAAUCAUGUCAUUUAACGAUUUGCCCGAUAAUUGUCUUUGGAAGAUCUUCGAAAAUGUCCAUGGGGUCAAAGAUUUGGUUCAAUUGUCUAAAGUUUGUUCAAGAUGGUCCGAUUUAAUUACGCUGAAAUUUAAUCGAGUUAAGUAUCUUCGUUUGAUGACUAUUAGUGAUGCGGUUGAUUAUAUCGAUGCGAACAGUUUGUGGUUGAAUCAUGCUACAAAUUGGAAUGAUUACAAUUUAAUCAAAUUGUUUCCGAAUCUUAAGAUUAUAGAGGUUUCGUCUUAUUCUGGUGUUAUAAUUGGAUCUGAUAUUUUAGCGAGAAUUCUCAACGAUAAUCCAAACAUAAAAGGAUUGAUUGGACUUUCUAAUUCUAUCGGAAAGAGUUUUGACUUGAAAAAUAUCGAAAUGUGCGCUGCAGAGUUUAGUUUCGAUUUUAAAAAAGUUUUUCGACAUGAUCAGUUGAAACAAGUUCGAUGCUUCUAUUUUUUUACGUAUGAUCUUCCUGCAUUCAUUGAAUAUUUUCCAAAUUUGAUUCGACUCAACUUAGAACUCGAUGAAGCGGACGAAGUUUUUUACAAUGGACCGAAUCUUUCUUCGUUAAAGAUUCUUGAACUUGAUACGACCGAUUUGGUUGAACAAUUCACCGGUUUCCAUUUCAUGGAUUUUUGUCCAUCUUUGGAAAGUGCUUUCAUCCAUUGUUGGGCAUAUGCUCUUUAUGUAGAUGAAUCGAUAAAGAAUUACAAUCUGAGAGAUUUGGUUAUCGUUAAUACUGGAUUUUUUUCGUGGUCAAUACUACGAAGACUACUUUCCAAAUUUCCUAAUUUACAUCAUCUAGCGAUCAGACAUAUUGAUAAGCUCGAUGAUAAUAAUCUAGAAGAAUUGAUAAAAUUAUUACCAAAUUUGAAGAUAUUGGACUUGAGAGGAUGUAAGAAAAUGAUCAAUAAAUCAGCUGAUUUCCCGGUCAAAUAUUGUGUCAAAAAGAACCGAUCAUUUGAAAUAUAUUACGAUUGUAAAAACGAACCCACCGAAUGGCCUAAAUUGGUGGAUACUUGCGAACCAAUUUGCUAUGGAUUCGAUUUCAUGAAACAUUGUUUUUACAAAUCUCUCAACUGUCUUCCAGUUCUCAUUGAUGAAUAAAACUCGAAACUUUUAUAACCCAAAGUUUAAUAUCAC